UCCCGCCUCGGCCGCGCCGGGACCUCGCGCAGCGCCGCGGGGAGGGCGCGAAAGUUUCUGCUGCGGGCUGCGUCGGGCUCCGCAAGCCGCUGCGCGUGCUGGCCGCUCUGCUGCGCACUGUGUCUCCCUUCGCUGCUCCAGGGCGGCGGGGGUUAGAAGAAAGGCGCUUACCCGAGCGCGCGAGAGGAGUGCGCGGGCGGCCGCUCUGGGCUGAAGUUCGUGCCGGGCCGAGCGCGCGCCGGCCACCGAGCCUAAGGCCGCAGGACCGCGAUGGGCGCGCCGAGGCUCCGCGCGCCCGUCGCGGCGCUGGGGCUGCUGCUGUGUGCGGCACUGGGGCGCACGGGCCGGGCCGAGGGCGGCGGCCACGGGGCUCGGGGGCAGCCUCCCGGGGGCGCCGCCGAGCGCCUGUGCCCCGCUCCCUGCCGCUGCCUCGGCGGCCUCCUGGACUGUAGUCGCCAGAGGCUGGCGCGCCUGCCGGAGCCGCUCCCGCCCUGGGUCGCUCGGCUGGACUUAAGUCACAACAGAUUGUCUUUCAUCAAGGCAAGUUCCAUGAGCCACCUUCAGAGCCUUCGAGAAGUGAAACUGAACAACAAUGAAUUGGAAACCAUCCCAAAUCUAGGGCCAGUCUCGACAAAUAUUUCACUUCUUUCCUUAGCUGGAAACAAGAUUGUUGAAAUAUUACCUGAACAUCUGAAACAGUUUGAAUCCCUUGAAACUUUGGACCUGAGCAGCAAUAUUAUUUCAGAGCUUAAAACUGCUCUUCCACCUCUACACCUCAAAUAUCUGUAUAUCAACAGCAACCGCGUCACAUCAAUGGAACCUGGGUAUUUCGACAAUUUGGCCAACACUCUCCUUGUCCUGAAGCUGAAUAGGAACCGCAUCUCAGCUCUCCCACCCAAGAUGUUUAAACUGCCCCAGCUGCAACACCUUGAACUGAACCGAAACAAGAUUAAAAAUGUAGAUGGGCUCACAUUCCAAGGGCUUGGUGCUCUGAAGUCCCUGAAAAUGCAAAGAAAUGGAGUAACAAAACUUAUGGAUGGAGCUUUUUGGGGGUUGAGCAACAUGGAAAUCUUGCAGCUGGACCAAAACAACCUAACCGAGAUAACCAAAGGCUGGCUUUACGGCUUGCUGAUGCUGCAGGAGCUUCAUCUCAGCCAGAACGCCAUCAGCAGGAUCAGCUCUGAUGCCUGGGAGUUCUGCCAGAAGCUCAGCGAGCUGGACCUAACUUUUAAUCACUUAUCAAGGUUAGAUGAUUCAAGCUUCUUGGGCCUAAGCUUACUAAAUACACUGCACAUUGGAAAUAACAAAGUCAGCUACAUUGCUGACUGUGCCUUCCGGGGGCUUUCCAGUCUAAAGACUUUGGAUUUGAAGAACAAUGAAAUUUCCUGGACUAUUGAAGACAUGAAUGGUGCUUUCUCUGGGCUUGACAAACUGAGGCGGCUAACACUCCAGGGAAACCGGAUUCGAUCUAUUACCAAAAAAGCCUUCACUGGUUUGGAUGCAUUAGAACACCUAGACCUGAGUGACAAUGCAAUCAUGUCAUUACAAGGCAAUGCCUUCUCACAGAUGAAGAAACUUCAACAAUUGCAUUUAAAUACAUCAAGCCUUUUGUGUGAUUGCCAACUAAAAUGGCUCCCUCAGUGGGUGGCGGAAAACAACUUCCAGAGCUUCAUAAAUGCCAGUUGUGCCCAUCCUCAGCUGCUAAAAGGAAGAAGCAUUUUUGCUGUUAGCCCAGAUGGCUUUGUGUGUGAUGAUUUUCCUAAACCCCAGAUCACGGUUCAGCCAGAAACACAGUCGGCAAUAAAAGGAUCCAAUUUGAGUUUUAUCUGCUCGGCUGCCAGCAGCAGUGAUUCUCCAAUGACUUUUGCUUGGAAAAAAGACAAUGAACUAUUGCAUGAUGCUGAAAUGGAAAAUUAUGCACACCUCCGGGCGCACGGUGGCGAGGUGAUGGAGUACACCACAAUCCUUCGGCUGCACAGCGUGGAAUUUGCCAGUGAAGGGAAAUACCAGUGUGUCAUCUCUAAUCACUUUGGGUCGUCCUACUCUGUCAAAGCCAAGCUUACAGUAAAUAUGCUUCCUUCAUUCACCAAGACCCCCAUGGACCUGACCAUCCGUGCUGGGGCCAUGGCACGCUUGGAGUGUGCUGCCCUGGGACACCCAGCUCCACAGAUAGCUUGGCAGAAGGAUGGGGGCACAGACUUCCCUGCUGCACGGGAGAGACGCAUGCACGUUAUGCCUGAGGAUGACGUGUUCUUUAUCGUGGAUGUGAAGAUAGAGGACAUCGGGGUGUAUAGCUGCACAGCUCAGAACAGUGCAGGGAGCAUUUCUGCAAAUGCAACUCUGACUGUCCUCGAAACACCAUCAUUUUUACGGCCACUGUUGGACCGAACUGUCACCAAGGGGGAAACGGCCGUCCUGCAGUGCAUCGCCGGAGGCAGCCCUCCUCCCAGGUUGAACUGGACCAAGGAUGACAGCCCCUUGGUGGCCACCGAAAGGCACUUUUUUGCAGCAGGCCAUCAGCUCCUGAUCAUCGUGGACUCUGAUGUCAGUGAUGCCGGGAAAUACACAUGUGAAAUGUCCAACACGCUCGGCACUGAGAGAGGCAACGUGCGCCUCAGCGUGGUCCCCACUCCGACCUGCGACUCCCCUCAGGUGACUGCCUCAUCACUAGGUGACGACGGAUGGGCCACCGUGGGCGUCGUGAUCAUCGCAGUAGUUUGCUGCGUGGUGGGCACGUCGCUCGUGUGGGUGGUCAUCAUAUACCACACCAGGCGCAGGAGCGAGGACUGCAGCAUCACCAACACAGAUGAGACCAACUUGCCAGCAGAUAUCCCUAGUUAUCUGUCAUCUCAGGGAACGUUAGCUGACAGGCAAGAUGGGUACAUCUCAGAAAGUGGAAGCCACCACCAGUUCAUCUCUUCUUCAGGAGGUGGAUUUUUCCUACCACAACACGACAGUAAUGCCAUAAAUAUGGAAAAUGCCAAAAAUGGAAAGAAUAUUGAAUGGUACUUGAAUAAAAUUGGUUCAGUGACUGAGAUAUGUUUUAAAGGAACAUGCCACAUUGACAACAGCAGUGAAGCUGAUGUGGAACUUGUCACGGAUCCAUUCCUUUGUCCCUUUCUGGGAUCCUCAGGCCCUGUGUAUUUGAAGGGGAAUGUGUAUGGCUCAGAUCCCUUUGAAGCCUAUCAUACAGGCUAUGGUCCUGACCCAAGAACAGCACUAAUGGACCACUGUGAGGCCAGUUACAUGACGACAAAGGAGUGCUGCUCAUGCCCACAUCCUUCAGAAGAGCCCUGUGGACAGAGGGUCAGGGAGACAGGGUGGCCUUCACACGGGAGGAGGUUCAUCAGCGCUACUUACUCCCAAGACGAAGCACCGAGAACAAAAAGUUUGUGUCUAAACAAGUCGUCUUUAGAUUUUAGUCCAAGUCCAGAGCCAGCGCCAGUCACUUCAAGUAAUUCUUUCAUGGGAACGUUUGGAAAGCCUCUGAGGAGACCGCACCUGGAUGCUUGGCCUGGCUUCGGGCAGCCAUCGGGUUGUCAGCCAAGAGCCUUUCACUUGAAAGCUCAUUCUUCCCCACACUUGGACUCUGAGUCAGAGGAAGAUGGGAAAGAGAGGACAGAUUUUCAUCAAGAAAAUCACACAUGUACCUAUAAACAGACCAUAGAAAACCACAGGACUCCAAAUUUUCAGUCUUAUGACUUGGACACAUAGGCUGAACAGAACCAAAGAAGAAUUCUAACAUACUACCUCAAGUGGACUUUUAUUUAAAAGAGAAUCCUAUGUUUUUAAAUGGACUUAGGAAUUCGAAAAGAUAAAAUGUCUUAUUUAUACAGAUGGACAAAAUUACAAGAAGUUAUACAAAUUUUAUACUGGGAGAACCUUUCAUAUAAGAAUACCUUUUAAAACUAUUUUAUAACUUUUAUGAAAAAGUUCUUAAUGUAAAUUAAUGGUAUAAAUACAUGACUAUUUUAUGUAUUUUUAUAAUGCCAGAAUUCUUUUUAUUGAAAUUGAGUACUAAAAGCAUUUUAAAGAA